UUUUCCCUCGCCAUCUCCCUCCUCCCUCCCUGUUCCGCCCCCACCCCUACUCCCCGCAGGCUCAACCAUGGUAGUCAACAUGGGGACGUGAGCGUGCACGGGUGGCGUCGGUGGACGAGCACACCAUGUUCAGGCAAACCAUUGUUUAGCAACAAACAUGCAGAGGUGGCUUAUUGGACGUGCAACUGACAUUCACAUUAGGCCCCUGAAUGAAGAGAAAGCUAUUCAAGCUGCUACAGAUCUUCUUGGUGAACGGUUCAUUUUCUCGGUUGCUUAUGGUGCAAUAAUCUUUGAGGUUCAUAGAAGUGACAAGUCAGAAGCCAGAAAAGAAGAGGCUUGUAAUAAGGCACUGGAGGAAAUAAAGGAGAAGAUGGAGGAGCUCGAGAGGGAAAAGCAGAUGAUGAAGCUGAGAGUGGCCGAGGUGGAGCGGGUAACCGGGGUAGGGGGAGGGUGGCCGUGGGUUCUUCCAAGGGCCUUCACUUCCGGCGCUGCCCAGGCAGAGCCAGAGCCAGCAGCUCAGCAGGCCACGGCUACUUAGCUGCCGAUGCCAGAUGCAGAUUGCCUCUGUAGGCAGUUCCUUGAAUGAUUCCAUCGCGUUGGAAACACAGCGCUGAGAUUUGUGUAGCGCGUGUUGUGAAUAGUGUGUCCCC